GGAGACAAGGGAAAGUUGGCCACAAUCUUUACACAGAUUAGUGUCUAGAAGCCCCUAAUUACAUAUUACAAUAUGUCUGCUGCGACUCCAGAAGCUAUUGAUCAACAACAAAAAGAAAGAGAGAUAAAAUUGCUCGAGGAACGUUUAGAGGAAUACUUUGUACCAAAAAAUGUUGCCAUCAUAGGACCAUCAGGUGUCGGCAAAUCGUCAUUCAUAAACUCUAUCAUAGCCAGUUUUUCCUCCAAGUGCUGGCGAGAGCGGACCAAAGUUGGGUUCACUGCUGGGGAAGGGGGGCAAGGAACGUGUCAUCUUAUUAAGACAACAAAAGAUGAGUACUUGGACACAGAGAGACAGAAGGAAUAUCCGUAUCCGACGCUGAUUGACAUGAAUGGGUUUGAAAACCAAUCCACAGAGGACAUAAAGGAACUGCUCAGAUACAUUUUGUUUGGCUUGAUCCCACAUGAACACAAGUUAAAAGAUGCUUUGAAGAUCUACACAGAUGGAGGGCUAAAUGGAAUGAGGGAAGAGUAUUUUAUGAACCAGGAGACACUGAAAGUUGACUGUCUGAUUUUUGUUUCUUCAACAACUUCAGUCCUUCCUGAAAAUCUCAUGGAUGCUGUUGUUCAGGUGGCACAAAAAGAGGAAAGAGUCAUUCCUUUAUUUGGUGUGUUAACACAGAAAGACAAAGUACAUGAUGAGGAAACAUACAUGACAAAGAAAAAAGAUUUCUGUUCUAAACUGGGUCUUCCAGAGAACCGCUUCCUUCUGUGUACAAACUACUGUGAUGACUAUGACAAAGAAAAAGGGCAAUCACGCUGGAAUCAAGUGUACCCAGCACUUGAUGUGCCAAAUCUAUCCUUUAUGAGACAGGUUUGUGAUAUUGGAAUCAAAGUUCUACAAAACGAUGCCACACUUCAUAAAAGUCCCUCUAUACCUUCCCAGUCUCAACAAGAUCGACAAUCUGCUGCUAAUCCUCUACCACCAAGAGACCCUCCCCCACCUAAAGAUAACUCUGUCCUCAAUGUUCUGGCAUUUGCUUUCAAGGGUUUAGUCAUCGCAGUACUCCUAUACUGGUUCCUUACUCCGCCAUUUGAUGGACAACAGAUGGUUGAUGCUUGUGCCCAGUUUGAACACAAAUCUCAGACAUUGAAUUUUUCCAUUCCUGGAAUAAAGAACCUCUGUGAGAGGGUUGGAGAUGUAACACAGAGACAACUCAUGACACCACUGAUGUGUUUUGUUGUGGUUAUCAUAGGGAUGGACUUUGUUAUGCCUCAGAUUAUCAGAAUGUUACAUAGACUUGGCAUUUAACUACACAGGCUUUGGUGUAGGAAGCAAAAUGUUGUGACAUGUGCAAGUACUUGAUGAGAUUUUAAAUAAAUAUGGCUGUGGCAGCAAUCAAAA